AUGAUCAAUACAGCUACAGCGGCAGCAAGCUGUUUUAGCGGCAAAACAGUCCAGAUAACAAGUGACUUUACUGAGUAUAGUGACUUAUCAACUUGGGGGUGGGAAUCUGAGGAUGCGGACCUUGAUGAUGCUUCUGGGGCCGAAAGCUCUGAGCCUUCCUUCUACGAGUCGCUUAUCUCAGAAAAGACUUCGAAAUUCAUCAAAUGGACCCAGAAAAAUACCGUCACAGUGGAUGGUGUUGUCUAUGAUGUAAGUGCCUCAAGUCACACUUCCAUCAAGACUCUUUCAUCCUAA